CGUUACACAACGGAUUCAUUGUUGAUAACCAUCUGGCAAUAAUGGACCAGCCUCGAGGCUCGCGUGCGGCCGCGCGCCUGAGCGUGACGGCGCCGGACGACGGGCCGAGUGUGGCUGUGGCCCGCGAGUGGUUCCGUGAUGUGAUCCUGCCGCACCGUGUCCGCGAUAAGGAAGCCGGUGCUUUCCGGCUCGUGGACAUGGGUGAGGAUGCUCCAGGCAGCGAGCUGUUUCCCGUAUUCGGCACGUCGCUCAGCGAUCUCUCAGUCUUCGGUAUUGGUUUGGGACUAUACUUCCGCAUGCUGCUUCAGCUAAGUCUGUUGCUCUUCGUAUUAGCGUGUGUGUCCACGCCCAGUAUCAUCUACUUCCUCUCGUCGAGCUAUUCCGGAACUCUGCGCUCCAGGAGUCUCGACUUCCGGAUACUUGGGACUGCCGCCUGCACCCGAGAGGUGAGUGCAAUCGACACGAGUGCGAGCAGCAAUGAAAUUCGCACUGUGACUAUCAACGACUGUCCGUUGAUCAUGACCCAACUCCACGUCGACAUGAUUGGACUGGGUAUCUUGGCGGUGUAUUGUCUGGUGGUCGCAGUGAUGCAGACGAGGGAUAAAGCGCAUUUGGAUGCCUUGGAGCAGACCGCGUCCGACUAUUCCGUCGUGGUGAAAGACCCAAAUGCCAACGCGUGGGACCCGGACGAGUGGGAGCGAUUCUUUGCCCAAUUCGGGAGAGUCAAGUUCGUCACGGUGUGCGUGGAUAAUGACCGGUUGCUGUCAGCUUUGGCCAAGAAGAGAUACAUGGAAGAUAUGCUCAAGAUGGAGAGCGCAGACCAAGAGAUUGUGCGCUUAGCAUUGGAGAACGCUGCAGACCCGACGAAGGCUGCGCCAAAACAAUCACUUUUUCGUCAAUUUAGGCAGAAAUUUGGGUUGGGUGGCUAUGACUUGACGUACUGGAACGCAGAGCUAGAUGUGCUACGUCGCCGUAUUGCUGAAAUGCUGAAGCAUGACAGCUACCGCGUUUGGUCGGUUUUUGUCAUGUUUGAGACGGAAGAAUCACAGCGACGAUGUCUACGUGAAACGCGCAUUGGGUUGUGCUCUACAUUACUGGAUUGGACCAGCACGGGCUUAUCAGAUAGACUUCGCUUUGGAGGCACCAAUAUUUUACACGUUGAGCAGGCGACUGAGCCGUCUUCGGUGCAGUGGAAGAGUGCAGGAGUGUUAUGGCGAAGGAGGGUACUGCAACAGGCACUUACGAUGAGUAUCGUCGGUGGAAUGAUGACUGGUGUGUAUUUCCUCGCGCUGUGGCUGAAAAACGACUACAUCGGAGGCGAAACAGAGCCCGAUAGCAAGCGUCGUGGAAGAUUAUUCAUCCUAGCAUGCACGCUGGCAGUAACUGACCUUUUUGGCUGUCGGAUACUCAGCUACGUGGACCGACUGGAGCAACACCAGACAAAAGAACGUGAGCAGUUGUCUACGCUUAACAAACUACUACUCUUUCGUGGAUUUAACGGCGCCGUCGUGCUGUAUCUGUUGAUGGACUUCACGGAUAUUUUAUCGCAAGAAAAUCUGCUACAGAUUCAGGCGUUGCUCAUCGCGAAUCUGAUCACUGCGCCUGUGAUUCAGCUCAUUAGUCCGUUCGAGAAGUUCAAUCGAUGGUACUACGGACCAAAGGCGAAGACUCAACGCAAGCUCAAUUCGUAUUACUCGGGUGCGUAUUGGAAACUGGCAGAGCGAUACACUCAAAUCACCAAAUCUGUGGGCAUUGCGCUCUUUUUCAAGUCAUUACUUCCGACUGGCCUGAUCAUUACGAGCUUGUCACUGCUAGUGAAUUACUGGGUGGACAAAUACUGUCUGUUGCGUAAGUGGAAAACCCCACCGAGAUACGACGGCCUGCUAGCUCGAGCUUCACGAUAUCACUUGCUGCUUGUGGCAUUGGUAUCCCUCAUCAUGAUGGGGCGAUGGUACAAUGGCUGGCCGUUUGAUCAUGCCACACAACGUGCUGUGACUUCGGCACGGGAAGAAACAGAGUCGAGAUACGAUUCACUUGUCAAGACCCUGCACAUCGUCCUCCCGUUUCUACGAGACCAGUACCCGACCAAGGAGCAGCAGCAUCUAAUGGAUGUUCUGUACUGGAUCAUUCUCAUCGUCACGUGUGUUGUCGUGGCUUUUGUACUUCUCAAGUCACUGUACCGCAGUUACAUUCGGUAUAUCGUAGGGAACCUCGCCACUGGGUUUCUUGGCGGUCGUGCCAAGCAAUGCGAUAUCCCGGCUUCGGAUGUUUCGACUUUAAACGGCUACGUUCCGUCGUACGAGUCUUGGUACUCAGACUUCCCGUAUUUAUCUGUACCACUUGGUACGUUUGAGCCGCGUUACGUGAGCUGGAGUGGCAACCACGAAGCUUAUUGUCUGGUGAAUGAUGUCGUCGAUGACUCUCAAUUAGCAGGAAGUCUUGGUGAUAAACCGCUGCAACAGCUUUUCGGCGCUUGCAAACAGUAUGACAUGCCUGGGAUGAAGGUGCGUGCUCCCGUGACGUCCCUUGAUUCCAUCAGCUUGGUGUGAACAAGCUUCGACUAUAGAUAGUGAGGUAUGUAUUAUUUUUUUUUUAUUGAUCCGGGUUUCGCUACUGAAAAAGGAAGAGAGAAUGGUCAAGAGCUAAAGUUAUUUAGCCCUCUGAAUUCUGCUGGAAACUCCCUGCUUCGCUCGAGUCAGCGUCCGUGACAGCCACAGCCUCAGCCGUGGUGGGUGUAGACUCAACCGCGAUUUCCAGCGUUUCGUCAGCUUCAGCUACACCUGCGAGUCGAUCUGCCGCCUGAGCGAAUGUAUCCUGCUCUCGGUACUCCCCAAUACGCUCCGUGCAUCGCACCAUCCAGUCGAAAAGCUUGUAUGCGACGUCCGUCUCCAGUUUGUACAUGAGCGCAUAAUCGAAGUGAGAGAGAGCAGUGACGAACAACUUGCUGGUCGAACUCAGCGACGGGUGCGAAUUGUACACGUGCAGGUCUUCCACACUCAAGUUGUUGCUGCCGAGUGGUAACUCGCUUGGAAACGGUGUAGACGCGGCAUCCGAGCAGUCCAAGUACGAGAGCGUGACAUCGUUGAGCGCACAGUUGGCCACAGAAAGCCCCGAGUCGGUUCUGUUUUCGGCGUUGAGCACCUCAUUGACAAACAUGGACUGCAUCUUCAGUUCAUGGCCGAGCAGCGCACACUCCCAUUCAUGGUCGGCUUUACGCGCGACAUCCCAGAAGGACAUUCCGUGUGGGUCUACACCUUCACUGCUCGUGAACACAAGGUCAGUUGGGGUCGAGUACAGACCUACAGGCGUCUCGCAGUUGAGUCCCUUUGUUUGAGGCAAGAACGAGUCGAAUAGUCCUCGCUUGACCGGGUUCAAAGCCACUUGCUGUCUCAUGUCGCCCAUGACAUCCAUGCGAAGUUGCAGCGGCUCGGUACAGUCACGCAUACUGCCUUCGUGCUUCGUUAGUCCAAACGCCAUCGUGGUCGCGGCGAUGAUCGCUCCUUGGAGACUCACGUGUUCUUCCUUGCAGCGUGCCAUGGCACUGCGCAUACUCGCUUCGGAUCCUUGAGCGAACAAGGCGAAACUCUGGUUGGCCGGAGUCGGUGGAGUGCCCGCAAAGUCGAGCUGUGACUCGGUCUGGAUCGGAAGCAGAGGCACAAACGCGUUCGUGUCGAAGUUCAUCAGCGGCUGCAUCACGUACUUGGACACAGCUUCAUGCACGACGUUCAUCCACGCGUUCACGUAGUGCGUGCCUUCGUACAGAGACUCGCGCAGAGGUAGCUCCUUAGGGAGUUCUUCUGACGAUGAACCACUGAGCUUGGACACUGUCUGGAGGAUCUCACGGAGAAUGACAGCACCCGACGUGGCAUCCGACAUGUAGUGGUCUGCAAACAGAAUGAGGCGUGCGAAGGUGCUGGUAGAUUUGUCGACUCGGACGACAAGGUAGAACGGGAAGCUCUUCUCGCGAUCCAGAGGCUUCUCACACUCGCUCUGGACGAACUCCAUCCAUCGCAGAUGUGGCACGGUAGAAUUGUCCAUUGCGGCAUUAAUACGCUCUUGUUCAGCACGCUCUUCUUCAUCAACAGAGCAUUCGUGAAUCGUGAGCAGGCUCUUGAGUUCCGAGACGUCAGCGAGUGGAGCACAGAUCAUGGCUUUCUGAGGAGAACUACCCGGUAGAAUCGAAGCUCGCAUCUUCGGAUGUCGGUUGAAAGUCUGAAGAACCGCUUGAGGCAAAUGCUGUAAGAAACCGGGGAUGUCACCACGCAGAGUCGCAACAUGCGCGAGUUUGGCACUAGAAUCUGGGUCCAUAGCGAAGAACCGCUCAUAGCCGUACAGCGGGAUUGUUGGGUGCGUCAUUGCCGAAGAGAUAGGUGAUUGAUUCCGCAAGUUAAAGAAAAUUGAGGAAUGGACAGCGGGCUAUUGAUGGCGAUGGAUGUGGUCGCACCUUGGCUGUAUUUUUAGGAAGAAGGCUAGCUGACCUCAAUGCCUGAGCUCAGCAGCCAACGGUUCUCUGUAGAUCCCUUUUCCUACCGUUGGAGCCGAAUCUAGAGUCUUGAUUCUUGAUUCAAGACUUGCUUCUUCGCGACAAAUGGCGUUGCUCGGCUUCUAGUCGCCGUCGUUGGAACUAGCAAAUUUGGCGUGGUGAGUACCAAGUAGAGUGUUUUGCGAGUUUUAGCGAAACAGAGCUGUACCUUCAGAGCCUUGAACUCUUCUUCAGUCAGGAUAAUCUGGAAUUCAAAGCUGCUAGCAGUGGCAGUAGCGGUGGAUGUCUUAUUGGACGAUGAGCGCGAGUAGUGACCAGGUUCAGAGCAUGGAUGAAGCUCCAUACCAGCUUCGUCGACGUCGUCAAGAAUUGCUGAAGACAAUCGUGUUACCUAGAAAGUAAUCGUGCAAAACAAACAACACUUGAUACGUACA